AAGCCGGGCGACCGGCAAGUGUCGCGAGAAUACGUCCAGGCCUAACGGGAUUUUCCCCUUCCGGCAGGAGUGGGACCAGGGGCGGGGACUGAUGUUGCGUAAACGAGGAGCGAGCUGACGACUGGCGUGGUGCCUCCGCCCCCCUUUCUUGUUGCAUGGCAACAACAAACACUUGCUCCUGCGGACCAGAUCCCCGGAGGAGUUGGUGCUGGGCAGAAUCAGAGCAGUUCUUGAGGUUCAAGGAGGCGGGGGAGACCUGAGCUCACGCUUGCUGAGACGGAAGUCACAGCAGGAUUAUGCCCCUCAGGGCAAGAGGAAGAGUUCAGAAACUGCCGCCGUAACCCAAGAACAAAGUUGCAUGCAGAGCCAACCUAAGAGCUUCAAAAUCGGGAUUCCUUACUGAGAAAGUGACCUUAUACUGUGAUGGCAGGUGAAACCAGUAGGCUAGAAAGAAUCCUAAAGACUUAGGACAAGUCCAGGAAAGUGAGGAAGUGGCUGGGCAUGGUGGCUGACAACUGUAAUCCCAUCGUGAGGGAGGCAGGCCAAGGCAGGAGGAUCACUUGAGACCAGCAGUUCAAGACCAGCCUGGGCAACACAAUGUAUAACAUAAACCAGUCAACAGAUACCAAGGAAGCAGCAGCCAUCGAGGCUAGAAGAAAUCGAGAAAAAGAGCGACAAAACCGAUUCUUCAAUGUGCGGAACCGAGUCAUGGGGGUGGAUGUCCAGGCCCUGAACAACCAGGUGGGAGACCGAAAGCGUCGGGAAGCAGCAGAAAGAAGCGAGGAGGCAGCUUAUGGUACCAGCCAGGUGCAGUAUGAUGUGAUAGUCCAGAUGUUAGAGAAGGAAGAGGCAGAUCGAACACGUCGGCUGGCCAAGAAAGUCCAGGAGUUUCAGGAGCAGAAGCAGCAGCUCAAGAACGAGCGUGAAUUUAGUCUUUGGGAUCCAGGCCAAGUCUGGAAGGGGCUUCCAACCUAUCUUAGUUACAGUAAUACCUAUCCUGGUCCAGCCAGCCUGCAGUACUUCUCUGGGGAAGACCUAGACAGGGACACACGGCUGAGAAAGCAGCAGGGGCAGUUCAGGUACAACUUGGAAAGGCAGCAGCAGGAGCAACAGCAAGCCAAGGUUGAUGAGAAUUAUGCAGAUGCGCUCAGUAACCAGCUGCGCCUCGCCAUGGACGCGCAGGCCACCCAUCUGGCCAGGCUGGAGGAGUCCUGUCGUGCCGCCAUGAUGUGUGCCAUGGCCAAUGCCAACAAAGCGCAGGCAGCUGUGCAGGCUGGGCGUCAGCGCAGUGAGCGUCAGCGUGAACAGAAGGCCAACCUUGUGGAGAUCCAGCACCAGAGCACGAGUGACCUACUGACUGAAAACCCCCAGGUCGCCCAACACCGUAUGGCUCCCUACCGGGUCCUGCCCUAUUGCUGGAAGGGCAUGACUCCAGAGCAGCAAGCUGCCAUCAGGAAAGAGCAGGAAGUACAACGCUCUAAGAAGCAAGCACACCGUCAGGCUGAGAAAACAUUGGAUACUGAAUGGAAAAGCCAGACCAUGAGCUCAGCCCAGGCAGUGCUGGAGCUAGAAGAGCAGGAGAGGGAAUUGUGUGCUGUAUUUCAAAGGGGUCUAGGCUCCUUCAACCAGCAGCUGGCUAAUGAGCAAAAAGCCCAGCAGGAUUACCUGAAUUCAGUAAUCUACACCAAUCAACCUACGGCCCAGUAUCACCGGCAGUUUAACACCAGCAGCCGCUAAGUUCAGGAUGUUUAUCUCUCCCUUCUCCUCCAUCAAGCUCACAGGUGGUUAGGAGUCAAAGAGAAAAAUGCUGUAUACUCCCACCUUCUAACCUAGGUAAUAAAGUUCUGCACUCAAAA